AUGAUAAUUUAAGAAAUAAUCAAGGAAUAUAAUCCAAUUUUUCAAUUUCAAAUAUAAAAGUCAGCAUCAUUUAAUUACAACAUGGCCACUAAGCAAUAUUUCUAAAUCUAUUAAUUAAUUAAACCUCUAUAAAGAUCCAAUUAAGAAAUAGAAUAAUAUUGUAACAUUAAAAAGAUGUUUCAUCAAUCGGAUUAUUUUUAUAAUAUUUAAUAUUUAUUAUCAGAUUGCAACGGGGUAUAAAAAUACCUUUAUAAUGAAUUUUCAUAUCCUAUUUUUUUUUAAUUUAAAUAAAAUAUGCGCAAUUACUUGUAUUGUUUUGCAUUUAUUUUAAUAUUGGGAUGCCACUUGGUUGAAGGAAAUCAAAGAAUUUUAGCUGAGUCUACUCCUUCUAGUACGAAAUGGCAAUUUGAUUAAUUUUCUACUCAGGUAGAAUAGAAUAUGUAAACAGUUGUCUUUCCAAAUAAAUAAUUAUUAUUUGUGUAGAGCCUGGUGGAUGAAAAUGAAAAGAAAUCCAUCAUUUUAUAAAAAUAUGAGAGAGAUGAAACAAAAAUUGGAAAUGAACUAAAAUNUCAAAGGAAAUUGCGUUAAAUUUACUGA